UUCUCAGUUAAGGGUUUUUUUUUUUUUUUUUUGGUUUUUCCCCUCUCUUAGAACUUCUCAGCCAAGUCGUCACCAAGUUGUUUUUGUCAACUUUCCGGCUAAGUCGUCACUGGUAAAGUAAUGCCACUUCCACUAUAUUAGACGAGACACGAAUUUCUCCUUGGUGGAGAGAAAGGGGCUGAUCGUUCACACACAAGUUUGUAAUAUGGCACAAGAAUCAACCUCUGAUCUUAUCUUUGUGGAUGAUUUUUACUUCUCGUUACUCUUUGAUGAAGAAGAAGAAGAGAUUUUGCCUGUGUCGGAUGCCAAGUAUGCGGAAGGGUUGCAGUUCCAAGAGGGUGUGAUGAGCGACCUCAUCACUUCUCAAAUGGCAAACACCGGGGCCUCGUCAUCGCCGACAAUCCAAGCAAUUCAUCCGACCCCCAACCCAGAGCACGAGGAGGCAACAAAAGAAGCCGGAGAAUCAUCGCAUUGCUUCUGCGACAUUUGCGUGGAGAGGAAAGACGACGACCAGAUGUUCAGAAACGAGGGAUGCGUUCACUCUUUUUGUUCUGACUGUAUUAUCAAACAUGUUUCCACAAAGAUCCAAGAUGGCAUAACCGUUGUUUCUUGCCCCGGGUUGGAAUGCGAGGGUGUCCUGGAAUUCGAUGAUUGUAGGCCAAUGCUUCCCAAAGAAGUGCUGGAAAGGUGGGACGAGGAGCUAUGCAGAGCGCUGUUUGCAUCUGAGAUGAUGUUUUACUGUCCUUUCAAGGACUGCUCUGCCAUGUUGGUGAAUGAUAACGGAGGAGGAGAUGUGAUUAGAGAGUCGGAGUGUCCAUUCUGCCAUAGAUUGUUCUGCGCACAGUGUCAAGUCCCCUGGCAUCCAGGGGUAGAAUGCGAAGAGUUUCAGAUACUAAAUGAGAGUGGGCGAGGAAGAGAUGAUCUCAUGCUGAGGGAGCUUGCUCAUGAGAAGAAAUGGAAGAGGUGUCCCAAUUGCAAAUACUUUGUGGAAAAGACUGAAGGUUGUUUACACAUGACUUGCAGGUGUGCAUCCGAGUUCUGCUAUGGAUGUGGAGCAUCAUGGACUACAGAUCAUGAUGGUGAUUGCGUGAGAGAUUAAAUGACAAGUAUUUGAGUCAAUUAAUUAACCAAUUGAUCUAUUGCCUCCAUCACAUGAAUUGAAGAUUAUAUUACGAGAGAAGCAUCAUGAGUUGUUGUUUGAUAGUAACAUGAGUGAACCCUUGUAAGCUUAGCUUGCUAUCCCAUGUUGUCGAUGUUAUUUCUAAAACAGGGGGAGGCUAGGAGGCCGCCUGUCACCACGUGUCCGUCUCUGAAUAUGUAUCAAAAUCGAUCAUCGAUGUUUUAUUUCCCAUGACAUUAUUAUGGUAUGUAUGUAUGAGGACUUGAGCUGAUUCGUGUCGUAUCUCCUACUGCUUGUAUGAGUAAAGUGUU